AUCGAUCGUCAUCGAAGACUUCGUGUAAUCGAAGUAUGCACAUCUCUAACUAUGGCCGUUCAAAACAUAAAAGGUAAACAAAACUCAUUCAAGCACAAACUGACCAAAAUCAGAUAAUGGAAGGUAAGGAAGAAGAUGUAGAGCGCCUUCUGGGUCAAAAGUAUCCUGGUCUGGAAGCGGAACUUCAGCCCAGUGGAGCGUGCAUCAUUAGAGGAGUUUUGAACAGUGAGGAUACCUGGCUCCGCAUUAAGCUCUAUCUGCCCCACCACCCAGCUCUUCAUGGCUUGCAGGUCUACGUCCAGGAAAGCUUGGAGUACAAACUGUACACAUCGGCUAAUCUGAAGUUGCAGGAUGACUUGCUGCUGGAGGAUUUGCUGGACAAUUUGCCAAAACUUCUUCCUGUCAAAGAGGCCCCAACAGUGCCAAAGGAACUAUGUCGGGAGGGGAACGUGUACUCCGAUAUCCUGGCCUUGUACAAGUCAAACGAGUAUAGCCUGCAAAUGGAUGAGGCCUGUUCCAUGAUUCGAUUCAGCGAAUUUACCGACUUCGAGAAGCAUUACUUGGAGCUGAAAAUCCCGUCGCUUCUCUUGCAUGAUCACAGUUUGCCAGAUUGUGUAUUGCUGGGUGAAAUGCUGACCAAGAGUGCUGGAAACCUAGAAGAGGCCCUAAACCUCUUCCGCAAGCUGCUGGAGGAUCUGCGUCCAUUCUACGACAACUUUAUGGACAUCGACGAGCUUUGCCAUGUGCUGCAACCAUCGCCCAUCAGCAGCAAACACAAGACGCGGCUGUUCCCUCUCAAGGAUCGCGUCUAUUUGAAGCUGACCAUCGCGGAUCCCUUUGCCUGCAUUGCGUCCAUGUCGCUGAAAAUCAUUGGACCCACGGAAGAGGUGGCCCGCCUGCGUCACGUGCUCAGCGAUGGUCUGAGUAACUGGGACCCCGAAAUGAACAUUCACAAGAACCUACUGCGAAUGUUCGAUUUGUGCUACUUUCCCAUGCCAGAUUGGUCUGAUGGCCCCAAGCUGGAUGAAGAGGACAACGAGGAGCUGCGGUGUAACAUUUGCUUCGUCUAUCGCCUGGAUGGGGGCGAGGUGCCCCUUGUCUCCUGUGACAAUGCCAAAUGUGUGCUAAAGUGCCAUGUCGCCUGUUUGGAGGAGUGGUUUCAGACUCUGAUGGAUGGCAAGACCUUUCUGGAGGUCUCCUUCGGGCAGUGUCCCUUCUGCAAGGCGAAGCUUUCCACCUCAUUUGCGGCACUGUUAAAUGAUUGAAAUUGGCAACCACAAACAUUAAACGCAAUUAUUUAAGAGCAACUUAUUACAGAGUUUUAGUUUAAAAGAAUCUUAAAUAUCAAUUAGGUUAAAUUUACUCAACUAAAGAACAUAUAUGCAUA